AUGCACAAGGUCCUCCGACGGCAAUGGACCUGCACCAAAUGUCUCCGCCAACAAGUCCGCCGUGAGUCUACUGCUGCUGCUGCUGCUGCUGUCGCCUCCGCACCGCACACGCGUUUCAACGAUGCCUACGUGCAGGCGCGACCCAAGACCGAUGGCGACGCCCUCAGAAAUGUGUUCAACGACCUAGAUUACUACCUCCACUUUUCGCGGUCUGCACUAGGGAAGAGCUCGGGCUUGAUAGGCAAUAAACACCUUACAACGCCUCGCGGCUUUCAGACCUUCGCAGAGACAUCUCUGGCCGAAUGUAAGAAGCUCGUCGAUCGGACGCUCCAGGCAUCCACCCUUGACGAAUAUGUCGCGCUGCCUCAAGAUCUGGAUCGUUUGAGCGAUCUGUUGUGUCGCGUGAUCGACCUUUCUGAUUUCGUUCGCACGAAUCACCCAGACCCCAAAAUCGCAACCGCCGCAACAACCUCCUAUUCAAAAAUGUUCCAAUAUAUGAACGAGCUCAAUACCACGACAGGCUUGAAUGAUCAAUUGAGGAAGGCGUGGAGCAUUCCCGAAGUACGUGCCCGCUGGAGCCGCGAGGAGGUCAUGGUUGCCCAAAUUCUGAUGAAAGACUUUGCAAAAUCCGGCAUCGACUUGCCAGCGAAGCAGCGGGACGAGUUCGUGGAGAUAUCCAACCAGAUCGCACAGGUUGGUACGGACUUCACCAUGGAAAUGGAGCCCGCUCGCGCGCAUGUUGCCGUUGACUCGUCCAACUUGACUGGCCUAGAUCCGUCUGUGAUCAAGCGCCUGACGCUUUUCGCAAAGGCACAAGUCCCGAUAUACAGUUCGAGUUCCAAGCUGGCCAUGACCUUCGCUCAUGAUGCUCCUACCCGACAACUAAUCUAUGAGGCCGAACGUAGCGCGUCAAAGAGAACGAUUGCUCGGCUGGAGCAGUUGCUGCUCAAGCGGGCCAAACUUGCCCAGCUGACCGGCUACUCUGAUUAUGCCCACAUGACACUGGCCGACAAGAUGUCCAAGACCCCUCAAGCCGUGAACAAUUUCCUGCAGUCAUUGAACCAGAGUAACAAAGGGCAGAUUCACACCGAGCUGGCACAGCUACUCGAAGUGAAGCGCCGAACAGAUCCUACGGCUACAACAGUCGACGCUUGGGACCACAAUUACCUUCUUGACAAGCUGUCCAGAAGUCAGCCACGGCCGGGCUUGCGAGCGUCGAAAUCACGCCUCUUUGAGACAACUAAAGCAUAUUUCUCGCUGGGCAAUGUGAUGCAGGGUCUGUCAAGUCUGUUUGAAUCAUUAUAUGGCGUUCGUCUGGUGCCAAAGGCAACGCUAUCUGGAGAAACAUGGGACUCUGAAGUUCGUCGCUUAGAUGUGUACACCGAAAAAGACGAGCACAUUGCCACAAUGUAUUGUGACCUGUUUUCGAGACCGGGGAAACCACCAAAUCCAGCUCACUUUACCUUGGCCUGCUCCCGCCAGAUAUCGGAUGAAGAGCUGCAUGAAGCUGACCAGAACGGCCAGCCUCUGAACAAUGGUAUGCCGACUUUACAGCAAGCUGACCCUGUAUCGGGUCGGAUCAAAUAUUUCCAGAUUCCAGUCAUUGCGCUGGUGUGCGACUUCCCAGCAAACCACCAUGUGAGCACACCCUCGCUUCUCAGCCCGACGAGUGUCAUCACUCUAUUUCACGAGAUGGGGCACGCAGUACACAGCAUCCUCGGCAGGACUUCAAUGCAAGGAAUCGCAGGCACUAGAUGUGCGACCGACUUCGCUGAGCUGCCAUCUAUCCUAAUGGAGUACUUUGCCAUGAAUCCAGAUGUGCUUAAACUUUUUGCACGCCAUUGGGAGACUGGCGCCGUGAUGCCCGAUGAGAUGAUUCAAGCGUUGAAGGCCGAGCAGAGGAACCGCGCCGAGCAAUCAGGUGGAUGGGAGACCGAGACUCAGAUUCUCAUGGCCAUGCUGGAUCAGACCUACCACUCUGGCGGGCCGGUAGCAGCAUUGCCACGAGGGCGGUACGAUUCCACCGAAGCAUAUCACCGCGUCUGGGAUACGCACGGCAGCAUCUCCGAGCCUCAUUCAACGGCCUGGCAGGGCUUCUUCGGUCACCUGUACGGCUAUGGAGCCACUUACUAUUCUUAUUUGUUUGACCGGGCAAUUGCACGACAAGUCUGGCGAUCAGUCUUUCGAGAUGGAGCUGAUGCCGGAGCUGUUGACAGGCUAGCUGGACAACACUUUCAGGACGAAGUGCUUCGAUGGGGAGGUGGGAAAGACCCAUGGCACUGUCUAGAAGGACUGAUGGGACAGGAAAAAGGUGUGCUCGCCGAAGGCGGUGAAGCUGCCAUGCUAGAAGUCGGACGAUGGGGCAUAGACGCAGGUGUAGACGGUGUCUGA